GCGACCCGGCGCAGCGCCGUGCUGGCGUGUCCGGGUGGGUGAAGGGAGGGAGGGGGGCGUGUCGGCGAAGAGGGCUACCUGUUGCCGUCACCACGCCGCUCGCGAGAGACGAUGACCGAGAACAAGCGCGCCGGCGGCGCGGCCUGGCAGCAGGACUGGGCCUGGUCGACCACCUCUGUGCUGCCCGGCCUGCUUCAGCUGACGGAGCGCGAGCAGCAGAUCAUCCUGCGGGUGCUGCAGCGCGACGAGGAGCUGCGCCGCUUGCACCAGCUGCGCGUCACGAGACUGAAGGCGGAGCUGCAGGCGCUGCGCCGGCGCGGCGCGCUCAGGACAGACGGCAGCGACGACGCCGCAGCCGGGGCCCGCUGCUGCGCCAGAUGCCGCGCCGAGCUGGGCCGCGUCGUGAACCGGGGCGCCGACUGCCGCGCCUGCCGCCUGCUGGUGUGCAAGUCGUGCCGCGAGUACGGCCCCGCCGCCGCCACUGACUGGGUCUGCUGCGUCUGCCGCAAGCGCAUGGAGAUCCAGGCGGCCUCGGGCGAGUGGGUGAACGAGUACGCGCGCCGGCCCGCCAGACGCCGAGACCCGCGCCUGUGUCUGCCCCCGGCCGACCUUCUGAAGAGGAGCAUCCGUCGCUCCUGGACCAUCUCCAACUCGACCUCGCGCUGGGCCGCGCUGCGCGGCUCGCCCGAGCUGCGGCCCUACAGCAGCCUGCCUCGCCAGCGCCGCCACGACGACGACUACGACGUCGGCUCCUCCCCCGCGGUCCAGGCACGCCAGACGCCGCCGCCGCCGCCGCCGCCGCGGUGCAAGCAGCUGUCCGAGGACUCGACCGGCGCCCGGCUCGUGCCCUGGCAGGCGCUGCUGGCGCGCGGCCGGGCCCGCUCCGAGGACUGCCCGCGCGCCGCCGCCUCCACUCCCGCCACCCCCGGGUCGUGGUCCGCCUCGCCGCCCAGGCGGCGGCACAUUUCCUUCGACGUCUCCCUGGAGGAAGACCAGCGCCCGUCCUCCCCCGUGCCCAUAUUCCAGCCGCAGAGGUCUCCGCUGACGUCGACGACCGCCGCGGUGCCGCAGAGGUUCUCCAUCUCGCCGCAGCAGCGGAGGGCGCUGUUCGGGCGCGGCGACCGGCGCUGCGGGGACGCCGCCCCCGCAGCGCCGCCCCCGGCCCCCGCCCCCGCCCCCGGGCUCGACUUCGACGUGGAGCCACUGAGCGGCGCGGUGUUCCGCAAGGUGACGGUGAAGAAGAGGCGCCAGGAGACCCGGAGGGUGGUCGACGACAGUCACCUGCUCCUCGGGGGUCGACGACGCACCACGACGCGCAUCACCGAGAGCUUCCGGGUGACCGAGGUGGCGCGCCGGGUGUCGGCGGCUCCCUUCUUCGACGAAGUCGACGCCGCGGGCUGCUGGAGCGUGCUGCAGCCCGACGGCGACGACUACAAGCUCGUCUUCAUCAGCUCCGACUCUUCGUCCAAGGACGAGGAGGAAGAGGAGGAGGAGGACUCCGACACGUCAUCGACGGCGUCCGGCGGGUUCGGCCUGGACGACUGCGACUGGGACUACUUCGAGGCGUCGACGGCGGAAGGCGGAGCUCGGCGCCAGCCCGGCGGCUGCGCCAGGGCCGUCGCGGCCUGCAACCGCCCCCGGAGGACGUCCUGCGAGACGUGCGGCGCGCUGGGGCUCGGCCCGGGGCUGUACGGCGUGCCGGUGCCCGUGCCCAUUCCCGUGCCGGUGCCCAUACCGGUGCCCGUGCUGUGGGCGCCCGACGACGACGUGCGGAUCCGCCUCCGCGGGCUCCAGCGGCCCGUGUGCCUGGGCCCGUGGCGCGCGCAAACCCCGCCGCCCCCGCCGCCGCCGCCGGGCGACGACGACGCGGUGCUGGUGAGCUUCAGGCCGCUGCAGGAGCCACCCGCUCCUGCCCGCGCGGACUGGUUCAGCGACUCGUCCACAGAUGGCGGCGCGGUCCGCGCGCGACGACCCUCCCCUCCUCCGCCCGCCGAGAGAGAGCCGCCUCAGUCGAGAUCAUGCGGCAGCCGGCGGCGGUCCGCGCGGACUACCUGCGACCUCCUGCCGCCCGGAGAGGAGAUGCUAUCCUCGGGGUCUUCGUCGUCGGCGUCGUCGGACGGCGAGUGUUCGCGGCCGCUCGCCCGGGAGUACCGCUUCUGCGACGACGACGACGGCGGCAGUUCCUCCGAGUCGUCCCUGGCUUCGUCGUCGUCGGACGAUGAGGACGGCCACUUCGCCGAGGUGAUGGUCGUGAACGCGGACGCCCGGGGAGCCGGGUCUUCCUCCGAGGAGUCGGGCGUGGAUACGGACAGGGACGCAGACGAAGACCCUGGCGUCGUCGCGGCGGUCGUGCUGACGCGCGUGAAGCAGCUGGCGGACUUGGACGCGCCUCAGAAGUGCGCCGACGACGAAGAGACGGUCGAGCUGGGAGGACCCGGGGCCGGCGGCGUCGUCGCCCGCCUGCAGGAAGAAGACGCGGACGCGUGCGCGACGAACGUGGUGCUCAAGUGCGUGAGGUACCUGGACGAGGACUCCUGCGUCCCAGGACCGCGAGUAGCGCGCGCGGAUAACGUUGUGGAGGCAGAAGAGCCGGCGACCGUCGUCGAAAACGGCGGCGAUUGCGCUAUCGCGGAUCGCGGCGAUAAUCUCGAGAGAGGAGCGAUAACGCCGGUUCGUGAAAACAGCGGGGCGGGCGCGAUAUCUGCGGACGUUGACGAUGGGGCAGACGCGACAUACGUCGGCGGUGAAAAUGUGAUUUCUGUGGGUUGCGAGCGUGGCGAGGCAGUGACGAUGCCUGCAUCAGGUGUUGACGAUCGCGAGGCAGCUGGCGACGGCGAAAAUGGGGAAUCCAUCUCACUGUCUCCAGGCGGCGAUGACGGCGAAACAUCUGUGGACAGUGGAAACAGUGAUGCAGUUGCAGUUACUGGAGGCAGUGAAACUGGCAGGGCAGCCCUCGGCACUGAAAGCGACGAAGGAGAUCUAAUUAGCUCAGGCAGUGAAAAUAUCAGUGCAUCUACAGGCAGUGAAAAUAACAAAGCAGUUGUACUGGCUACUUGUUUUGAAAAUGGCUCGUUGAUUGUCAGCAGUGAAAAUAGCGACGCAACUAAAGUUAUUGUUGGCAUUGAAAAUAGCUUGUCAACUGCAGGCAGUGAAAAUGACUUGGCAGCUGUGGAUGGUGAAAGUAGCGAAACCGGUGAAAAUGCCGAUACAGCUGUGGACAUCGAAAUCAACGAAGCAGUCGUUACAGCAACAUGCAAUGAAAAUGGCGAGGUUACUCAUAGUAAUGAAAAUAGCGAAGCAACUAAAACAGCUGUUUGCAGUGAAAAUGGCAAGGAAGCUGCAGACAGUGAAAAUAACCAGAUAGCUGAGGUCAUUGAAAAUACAGAACCGGACUCCGUGAAUGCGUGCAUUGAAGAUGUGAAGUUAUUUUUAGAUAAUGAAAAAAUCGAAGCAACUGUAUGUGCAGGCAGUGAAAAUGACAAGACAGCCAUGAACAGUGAUAAUAACGAAUUAGUUUUAACAGACUCUGUCAGUGAAAAUGAAAAAGCAAUUAUAGGCAAUGAAAAGGGAACUUUUGUAAUAGCUGCAAGCAGUGAAGAUAGCAAAGCAGUUUUAACUUCAGACAGUGAAAAUACCAUUACAGCUGUCGACAUCAAAAAUAUUGAUGCAAGUCUUAUAUCUUCAACCUGCGAAAAUGGAAAAAUAUAUUUAUCCAACGAAAAUAUUGACGCCACUGUAAUAGCUACAAGUAGUGAAAAUGGCAAGAUGGACGUGGACAGUGAAAACAGUGAAGCAAUUGUAAAAGCUGCAGAUAGUGAAAGUGGCAAUACGACCACGAGCGGCGAUGAUAGCGAAGCGAUUGUAAAAUCUGCAGAUAGUGAAAGUGGCAAUACGACCACGAGCAGCGAUGAUAGCGAAGCGGUUUCAACAGGUGCAGUCAGUGAAAAUGGCAAAGAAGUUGUGGACAGUGACAGUGCUGUCGGGGAGGCAUCUGUGGGCAGUGAUUGCAACGAAGCAGUCGAACCAGCCGGAGGCAGUGAAAACGACGACGAAGUGGCAACCCGCAAAAACAUCGAAGAAAUUACAGGUAGUGAAAGUUCUGAGGCAGCUGCAACAACUUCUGACAGUGAAUAUUUGGAAGCCACCGCGAAAGCUGAGGACAGUGAAGACCGUGAAGUAGAAGUAACGGCUGUUGUUGAUGAAAACGACCGUGAAGUAGAAGUAACAGCCGUUGGAGUAGACGUGACAGCUGUUGUUGAUGAAAACGACGCGGCGGCAGGUAAAGGAGGCGAGGCGGACAUUAUUGCAGCUGAUGGCGGAAAUACUGGAGGAGUCUCAGCUGUGUUCAGCGAAGGCCGGACGGACGCAGGAACAACCCAGGAUAACCGCGGAAGGGUCUCGCCCGGCGGAGAAGAAAGCCAGGAGGAGCCGACGGCCAAUGUUCUCGCCCCAGGUAGUAGCGCGGCGAGCCGCCGGCGCCGGCGAUCGAUGGACGACGGGCUGCAGUCGGUUGCCAGGCGACGCGGCGUCGCCGGAGCGGACCGCGCGGUGUCGCCGCCUGGCGUCGCGGCGGCGAACUGCGACGGCGGGCGCGACGCGGCGGGAGGCCGUCGCGUCGGCAGUCGAUGCCCGGCCGAGCUGGCGCGCGGCGCGUUGACGCGCGCGGAGUGGUGCGACCGGGGGUGCCGCGAUGUUAAGGAAGACUGCGAGCCGUCCGACGCGCCAGCAGCUGGAGAGCAGGCGGGUGACGUCGAGCCGAGCGUGGUUCUCGCGGGGGUAGAGCUCGUGGAAACCGCGUGCGGCGCGACGGGCACUGUGGAGGGUGCGCAGGGGAGCGCGCGGCCGCGCGCGCCGCCGCCCGCCGAGUGCAAGAGCGGCCCGUGCGACGAGGAGUCCGGCACCGAGUCCCUCAACGACUCGCGCCGGUUCGGCGACUCGGCGAAGGAGUGCAGCGACAUCGAGGAGGACGGGCCGCGCGGAUCGAUCGGCGCGCGACCGCCCUCGCCGGGCGACCCGGCUGAUUGUCCCGGCCGCGGGUACACCAGCCUGGUGAUGAUCACCCAGGACGGCGGGCUCAAGGCGCCCGCGGUGAGCGUGGUGGCGACGGACACCACCACCGUGGUGCCCGGCGACGUGGUGGUGAGCCACACCAACUGGCAGCACCCGGGGAAGCCCGCCGGCCUGGCGGGGUACUUCACGCUCACCCUGGAGACGGACAGCCCCGUGCCGUCCACGCGGCGGCCGCUCGUCACCAGGAAGCUGCCGGACGUGGUCGGCGACCCGGGUGAAGAGCAGGUGAAGGUGGUGACCGGGGCGGACACUCUGUCGGCGGUGGUCUGCCUGGAGGAGGGGCUGGCCGACGACGACUCCUGGGUGGAGGAAAUGGACGACCGGACGAACGAGGAGGAAGACUUCGCGACGACCACCCCGACGGAGGACUCGUCGUCCGGCGACGAGGGCGGGCCGAUGGGCUGCUACGCCGACAGGGAGGAGGAGCUGCGAGGCUACCACAGGUCCGCGAUAGACUUCACCUUGCACACGAUAGUGGAGGAGAGUUGCGAGGACAGCGAGGUGGAGCAGGGCUCGGACAGGCCCAGGGCGAAGAAGCCGCGCCCCAACUCCUCGUCGGAGCUGGAGAAGUACUUCUUCUACGGCCUGGGCGGCGGUCCGGCGGUCUCCAAGGACGCCGACUCGCUGUCCGACUCGUGCAGCUCCGUCUACAGCGAGAGCACGGAGAGCCUGAGGGUGGAAGACGCCGUGGAGGAGGAGGAAGCCGACCCCGCCGACCUGGCCUCGUCGCGGCUGGAGAAGUACUUCCACUCGGAGUUCAUGAUGUUCGGCGCGGAGCACCACCGCGACUCUGACGGCAGCGGCAGCGUGGGCAGCGACAGCGAGGGCCGCCCCAGCCCGGAGCAGCGGCGCAAGAGGCUGGUGCGCGCGCGCAACGCCGGUCGCUCGCACGGCAGCUCGUCCGAGCACCUGGACCACUCGGGCAGCGAGCAGCACUCGGCGGCCGACACGCUCGUCGAGUCGGACGGCUCGUCCACGGAGACGGACGCGCACGACGAGCUGGCCGGCUUGGACGGCCAGUUCGACACCGUCAAGCGGAAGAAGAAGAAGCAGCGCUCCGCCUCGUCCUCUGACCUGGACCGCAGGCCCACGCCCACCGAGUUCCUGGAGCGGUCCGCGGCGGAGGACCCCAGGGCCGACGACGGCGACCUCACCUCCGACGAGGAAGGCUCCAAGACUCCGCAGCCCGAGUUCCUGCUGCCCGCGGACCUGUCCGCGUCGAGGAACAAGCAGCAGAGCCGGGACAGCGGCUUCGUGGGCAGCUGCGACGACCUGCUGAAGGAGCAGAGGAGCCACAGCGACUCCAGCAGCUGCAGCAACUCGGCCGAGGCCUCGAGGAAGAUGAAGCCCGGCUCAGACUGCUCGCCUUGCGGCUCGGACACAGACCGGCCCGCCGCGGAGGCGACCUCGACUCCCGUCGCGGCCGAAGGCGAGUCGUCGCCUCCAGCCGAGCACCAGCCGGACUGCCCGGUGUCCGCCCAGGCGACCCCUCCGCCGGCCACCGCGCUCUCCAGGAAGGACAGCUUCAACAACUGGAGCUCGGACGAGGAGACGAACCUGAUGAUGUCCAAGAUGCGCGCGUUCUUCAAGACCAUGGUGGCGGCGGCGAAUUGCGGGGGCGCCUCCAGCCCCGGGCCGGCCCAGCGCGGCGCCAAGCCGCCCCAGCUGGUCUACUUCGAGAGCGAGCUGACGCGGCUGAUGAAGACCGUCCCGGGGAUCCGCGACGACCAGGUCAAGGAGAUCGUCGAGUACCUGAGCAGCGAGGACACGUGGAGCGACUCGUACGACUCGUCCGACUACACGAGCUCGGACCUGGAGGGCGCCGCCGCCGCCUACUACCAGCACGCGGCGGGGGGCCGCUCCGAGCUGCAGGAGCAGAUCUCCGCCAGCUGCCGGCAGAUCAUCGACAAGUUCGACGUGAGCGGCGCGGCGGACUCAGCCCCGGAGCAGCAGCAGCAGCACCAUCGGGCGCCCGUGGUGUCGCGCGACACGGCGCUCGUGUACCAGCGGCUGGUCGCCUCCUUCGGCAGGGCGGCCGGCGAGCAGAGCGCCAGCUCGGACGGCAACUCGUCGCCGCACGGCUCGCCGCCGCUCAUCGCCAAGGUGAUGCACCACAUCGGCAGUCGCCUGGUGGCGCUGAUGCACGAGGUGUCUGGCGGCGAGGGAGGCGCCACCCCGGGGCCCCGGCCGCGCCACCUGCACCACCACCACCACCACCACCGGCGGCUGCAGCAGAAGCUGUCCUCCGCGUCCACCACCACCGAGGAGGACGACAGCCACACGGACACGGAGCCGGACGGCGGCGCGAGGCUGCAGCUGCUGCUGCCGCGCAGCAAGUCGCACGACCUGCUGCUGGAGCAGGAGGCGCGCGCGCAGCAAGGAGGUUGCGGCGGCGGCGGCGCGUCGGACAUGGCGGAGGAGCGCGGCGAGGCGAGCGACGGCGAGCGCUUCAGCUGGCGCGGCAGCUUCGAGUCGGCGCUGAUGGCGCCCGACUCGCGCACCCGCCUGUCGCUGCUGUCGUGCGGCGACGCCGGCUCGGCGCAGGCCCUCGUGGCCAAGCGGCUGUCGGCGGGAGACCUGCUGCUGGCCGGCCGGGCGCGCAGCCGCGAGCAGCUGGACCGCGUGCGCAGCUGCGGCAGCAUCGGGGGCUGCAGCGAGGAGCACAUCUGGGGGCGGCGCGGCGGCGGCGCGGCCGACGCCAGCGCCGAGUCGGGCGACGGCGACGAGGAAGACGACGACGACGACGACGACGACGACGACGAAGACCCGGAGCGCGACGCCGGGCCGGCUCGCUCCACCACGCUCCCGCGCAGCCUCCAGCAGACCUCCGCCCCCGGCGGCGGCGGCGGCACCAACUCGCUGCCGCGCCUGUCCGUGGCGCCCGCCGCCCCCUCCGCGUCCGUGCCCAGCACGCCGCACAUCCACAAGGCGCACUCGGUGCAGCACUUCCUGCAGAGCGGCAACGCCAAGUCGGCGCGCUACCGGCCUCCGGGCUUCAGCCGCCCCGCCGCCCCCAAGAGGGCCGUGUCCGCCCCCGGGCUGCAGCCGCCCGCCUCGCGCAGGCGCCGCCCCCAGCAGCUGCCCGCCGCCCUGCUGGCCUCCGACGAGGCGGGCCCGGCCGAGGAGUCGCCCCGCACGCCGCUCAGCCCCUCGCCCAUGGUGGGCGGCCGCCCCAGCCUGUCCGGGGGCAGCGUCUGCAGCGGCGACUGGCCCCCGGCGGAGGACGACGCGGACCGCCUGGUAGCCGUCCACCACAGUCGCAACAGCUCCACGUCGCUCGGGCCCCGCAGCGACUCCAUGGUGAGCGUGUACUCGGGCGCCGGCGAGGGUCGCUACGGCACGGUGGCCGUGCGCGGCGAGGUGGAGUUCGGCCUGCAGUACAACUACAAGGCGGGCGCCCUCGAGAUCCUGGUGCGGCAGUGCCGCGACUUGGCGCCCGUCGACGCCAAGAGGAACCGCUCCGACCCUUACGUGAAGGUGUACCUGCUGCCUGACAAGUCCAAGAGCGGCAAGCGCAAGACCAAAGUGAAGAAACACACACUCAACCCUGUUUUCGACGAGACUCUCAAGUUCCACAUGACGCUCAACGGGCUGGAGACGCGCACCUUGUGGCUGACGGUCUGGCACUCCGACAUGUUCGGGCGCAACGACUUCCUGGGGGAGGUCAUGAUGGGACUGGAGAACAAGGUGUUCGAUGACCCUCUGCCCAAGUGGUACACUCUUCAGGAGCGGACGGAGCCGUUUGAAGAUGUGCUGAGCUACAAGGGCGACAUCAUCAUCGGGCUGAAGUUCGUCCCGCCCGACGUGACGGUGGUGAAGAAGGGCAAGCGGUCGCGGGGGUCCCUCCACGUGCUCGUCAAGGAGGCCAAGAACCUGACCGCCGUCAAGGCCAACGGCACCUCCGACCCCUUCUGCAAGAGCUACCUGCUGUCCGACAAGGGCCGCAGCUCGAAGCAGAAGACGCCGGUGGUGCGGAAGAGCUGCCACCCCACGUGGAACCACACGUUCGUGUACGAGGACGUGAGCCUGCAGGAGCUGUCCGAGCGCAGCCUGGAGCUGACCGUGUGGGACCACGACCGGCUGGCGAGCAACGAGUUCCUGGGCGGCCUGCGCUUCAACCUGGGCACAGGCAAGUACUACGGCAAGGCCGUGGACUGGAUGGACGCCACGGGGAAGGAGGUGACCCUCUGGCAGCGGAUGCUGGAGCGACCCAACUUCUGGGUGGAGGGCUGCCUGACGCUGAGGGCCUCCCUGGACCACCGGAGCUCCUCGUAACGUCCGCCCCCGCCCGCGGCGCCCCCCCGAGUGACGGCCGCGCGCGACCCUCUGUCUGCGCAAGUGGCCCGUGCCGUCGGAGACCUGAUGGGAAUGUCGUCGUCCCCCUAGGGGGGGGGGGGGGGGGGGAUUGCGGUUUCGGGUCCCGUCCGCACGCACUCAGUCCGGCCUAAAUGGAAUUACAGUUGUUCCCGGUGCUAUAGACUGACUACUGUAGAUGAAGAGCAAACGUUGACGUAAUAGUCGUUCGAAGACUGCCGGGCUGCGAGGAAAUUUUUUUCCAGGGGGAUUCAGCAAGCCUUAGGUGACCACUCUCACGUCAGUUAGGUGUUGGAUGACAUUUGAAAUCACUUGAUUUAUAUACUCGGAGAUUAAAAAAAACCAUCUUUCAAAAUUAAUGGCCUGUGAGAAAGAAAAAAAAUUUGUCCUGAAUAAACUGUGACCCAUUUACUACCCAGGCGUAUACUUAGAGGCUACAGUACUGUCGUAGUUGACAUUAUUGUUUUAGCCUCCCGUGAAUGUCUGUGAAGGCUUAACGUUGAAACCAUCCUGCAUUCCCGGUGUGGGGGACAAACACGUUUCUCGCUGUGGGGGAGCAGACUUCUCCAACAGUCGACGGAAUGUGCUGACGACACGGUUGAAUUGUAGAACAACACGAUGUUGCCAUGGAAAUAAAAGAGUUUUUGUUUGAAUGCUGUAACUAUCGUUAGCUGAGCGCACACGAAUGUUCUCCGGCCCGAAGUGUGUCAAGUGUAAAGAGUAUUUUUGCACCUUGUAAAGAGCACAGUGUGAUUACUACAUCAUUCCAUUAGUUAGAUGUGUUCGUGAAGAUAAUGGUAUACUUAAAAAAAUGUGAUAUUUUUGCAAUUUUCUUAAAAGUAUAUGUAAAUAUGAGAUGAAAAUAGACUUAAAGUUGUUCUGAUUUGGGAUGUGAAUGUUUGAAAUUAUUUAUGAAGUAUUUUAACUUUGUUUGUUACCUUCUAAAGUUUAAACAGUAUUUAUCAUAGCUUCAAGUUUUUGAAAAUAUUGAUGUGUUCUUGUAAUUUUUUUUGUAAUACCAUUUUUAUUUGUGUAUAAAUAUUGAAAUACUUUAAGCACUCAGAUUUUACUAAGACAAUUUUUUUUUAUCAAUUUUUUCUAGAGUUCCAUCUGGUAAUCAAACUUAAUCAUAUGUGUACUUGUUAAAAGAAAUAGCAAAUGUUUUAAAGGUUACUUAAUUUAUUACAAGUUAUUUUUUACAUUUCUAUCAAUUGAGGCACAUGAAUAAAAUUUGUUUCCAAAAUUGUGCUCUUUGAUAACAAAUACCUACUAAGUUGGUACAAACAAGAUUUGUUGUGUAUAAAAUAUCAUUUGUGUUACAUUACGGCUGUACAAAUGUUAAAGGUAUUGUAUUUUGUAGUAGAUUGUUAGCUUUAAAAAUUUUAUUUUACUGGUGAUCCUCCUUUCCAAGCAGUUCUGUACAGUUCUACUGCUUGUGUCCUCAUUAUUUAUGUCUGCAGUAGAUAUUACUACGUAUUGAAGUGCUACACAUAUCUUGGGUGAGAGAUUCAUUUUCUACUUGGAAUAUUACCCUGCAUUCUAAAAAAUUUAACUCUUCGUUGUGGUGUCAUGCAUUUUUAAUGGAGUGCCUAGUGAUUGUGCAAUAACGAGAUUACGAGGCGAAUGUCACACCAUCCAUCUGUUCCCGCCUGUCCCUUCCAUUAGCAACAAUUCACCGCACACUCGUGUUGUGUGUUUUACAAGUGAAUAAUGUUUAGUAUUUUAUGUCUUCCUGAUCGGCGAGAUGUGUGUGGUGUUGAUGUUGUAUGAUGCACGUGAUCUCCCAGUCAUCGUGACGACGUUAACAAGUGUCUCUGCUCGGAACCAUAAAGAAUGCACACUGUUAAUUCUGUACUUUUGCAUUUGUAUGUUAACCUGUCAAAAAAAAAGUAUUCAAUUGAAGUUAAUAUGAUUUGUAUAUUUAUUAA